UGAGUAAUAAUAACAAAAGUUCCUCUAAUCAAAAAUAUUAUAUUACUGUCGAUUUAACCUUUUCGACUACGUGAACAUCGAGACUUUCUAAAAUGUUGCUCCGUUGGUUUAUUAGUAUUCUUUUAUUGUGUUUAUUAAUAAAUAUUGUGUAUGGGGAUUAUAUAGGGGCUGUUGUUGAAUACAAUCCUUUAGAAGGUCCUACUCCAGAAACCACCAUAGAAGAAAAUCUGAAAAAUUAUAUAUUUCACAUUGAACAAGCAAAGGUCUUUGGUGUGCAGAUAAUUGUAUUUCCAGAGUAUGGACUAACAACAUUUGCAGACAAUCCAGAAAACUACUCAGUAGCGAUUCCGGAUGUAGGAACAACCAAUUUCUUGAACGAAUCUUUUGUUCUUUUAAAACUCUGUAAUGCCGCUCUAGAGCAUGAAAUGUACGUUGUGGCUAACCUUUAUGAGAAAUCCAAUAUCACUGAUGGUACAUUAACGUAUAAUACCAAUGUAGUUUUUUCUAGUAAUGGAUCUCUAGUGGCAAAGCAUCGCAAAAUGAACUUGUACCAUGAACCGAAAAUCACCCCUGGUAAUGAAACAACUAUUUUUAAAACGACUUUUGGUACCUUUGGGGUAAUCACUUGCGCAGAUAUAAUUUACUACAACCCCUCCCAAACUGUGCUGGAGAACACUGGAGUAACCGACGUUAUUUUUCCCACAGCCUGGACCUCUGAAUUUCCUUUUUAUAUGGCAUUAAGCAUACAACAUGGUUAUGCCCUGGCAAAUAAAGUCAACUUACUGGCUGCUAAUUUAAAUGAUCCUUCAAUGGCACUUGGAAGUAGUUCUAUCAUUAGUAGCGAUGGUAUUGUUUUGAGAAGGAUCCUUACUGAUACUGCUUCUAAUAAUAUUGCUUAUGCUAAUCUUAAGCGACCUGGGAGUGCUACAAGGAAUUUGGAAUUAAUGGGUUUUAACAUUUUCCAAAAAGAAUCUCGUCAGCCACUAUCAAAUUUUAAAAAUUUAACGGACUUUUGGUACGAUGACUUUUUGUAUAAGCCAAUAAGCCUUUCCGCAGAAAACAUCACCGAGGAAAUCUGUGAUGGCAACUUUUGCUGCAAUUUCGAGGUUAUUCCUGCUAAAGGCCAAACUAACACUUCCGAGGUUUAUAAGCUAGUUGCUUACCAGGGACCCAUUACCUACGACAGUGCUACAGUCCCAAUUAAAAUCUGUGCUCUACUGGGCUGCGUGAACGACGAUAUCGCUUCUUGUGGUGUUUGGCCACCUACAGCCUACAGCACAGUUUUCCGUCAAAUUACUGUUUGGGGCAACUGGGAGGCUGAGUCUGGAUUAUUCGUCCGCCCUGUAAAUAUCCGAGGCAACUGGGAGCCUUCCUACAACGUCACCUAUUUGGAGAACAAGACUAACGAGACUGUGGGGGUUAGUUUUAAUACCACCCAACCAAUUGACGAUUUGGUAUCGUUUGGAUUGUAUGUUACUGGAAGUGGUGAAUUUAGGCACCCAUGGAGUUGGGCUGUUCUGAUUAUGAUAUCUCUUAAGUUUGUAAAGUAUUUUUAAGACUGAUGUUUUUUUUAAGUAUACUUUAACUGAUA